UUAGCUUAGUGGUAGUAAGGGGGUUAAUUUUAGUCAUUUUUAAUUUAAUUACAGCGUCAAGUGUUUUGUAUUUAAACAUGGCUCAAGUCCAACUGCUGAGAAAGUUGCUGAAACAGCGACUAACUGCUGCUGAUGAAGAAUUAUUUGAAUUGUUUGAAAGAAUGAUCGCCGAGUACGACGAAGAAAUCGGUCGUUUAAAAGAAGGAAGCAAACGGCUUAAAGUGCUGGAAGCUGUUUUCAAGCCCGAAGUUCGUUUAUACAGAGCAGACAUGCAACAGCUGUCCACGUGUAAAGAAGACAUUUUCGUUGGUGAACAGCCAAAGUGGAAUCAGAGUUUUAACCUGGAGUCAGAGCCUUCAAACAUUAAACAGGAACAGCAGGAACUCUGGAUAAAUCGGAGGGGAGAGCACCUUCAUCAGCUGGAGGAGGCUGAUGUCAACAAGUUCCCCUUCACUGUUGUCCAUGUGAAGAGGGCAGAUGAAGAAAAAUCGCUGGUGUCAGCGUUCCAUGAACACCAAACUGAGUUCACAGAGGCAGAACUUCAAGUGAGCAGUUCAACUAACCACAGCAGAGUUGAACUAGAAGUUGAUGGAGAGGAUAGUAGUAGAGGACCACAACCAUUUAACACCUCUGGCCCAUGUAGUAUUGCCAAAAAACAUAUUAGCUGCCCUGAAUGUGGUAAAACAUUUGUUCAAAAGUACAAUUUAAACACACACAUGAGAAUUCAUACCGGAGAGAAACCGUUUGGCUGCAGUGAGUGUGGUGAAAGGUUUAGACAAAAGAGCAAUCUGAACUCACAUAUGAGAAUUCACACAGGAGAGAAACCAUUUAGUUGUUCUGAAUGUGGUAAAAGAUUUGCCCUUAAGAACAGUCUGAGUAAACACUUGAGAAUUCAUACAGGGCAGAAACCAUUUGACUGCUCUAAGUGUGGUAAAAGCUUUGCACGAAAGGGCAGUCGGAACACGCACAUGACAGUUCAUACGGGAGAUAAACUGUUUUCCUGUUCUGAGUGUGGCAAAAGAUUUAGAGAAAGGGGCACUCUGAACAGCCACUUUAGAAUUCAUACAGGUGAAAAACCAUUUAGCUGUUCUGAGUGUGGUAAAAGAUUUGGUCAUAAAAGCAGGCUUAAUGCACACAUUAGAAUUCAUACCGGAGAGAAACCAUUUGAGUGUUCUGAGUGUGGUAAAAGAUUUGUGACUAAAACAGGUCUGAACAAACACUUUAGAAUUCAUACAGGUGAAAAACCAUUUAGCUGUUCUGAGUGUGGUGAAAAAUUUGGUCGUAAAUGCAUUCUUAAUACACACAUGAGAAUUCAUACCGGAGAGAAACCAUUUGACUGUACUGAGUGUGGCAAACGAUUUAGAGAACGGGGCGCACUGAACCAACACUUUAGAAUUCAUACAGGUGCAAAACCAUUUAGCUGUUCUGUGUGUGGUAAAAAAUUUAGUUAUAAAAACAGUCUUAAUGCACACAUUAGAACUCAUACCAGAGAGAAAGUUAAGGGAGCGGUUACCAUCUUGAAGAGAGCCCUCAGAUACAAUGCCAGUAAUGAUUAGGAUGCAACUGUAGACUGCAGAUUUGGGGCCCAUUGCACCCUGUAAAAAAAAAAUCUAAGAGAAUUAAAAAAACAGAGA